UUUAAGGGCAUUCCAACCGGUUAAUUCAAACAACACAAGCAGUUUCCCUGAGAUUUCCUAGAGCAUCCUUGGCAUGGAUUUCCAUAACUGAAACUAUGGAAAUGGUUGACAAGCCUCUCGCUUGCACGUACUAAGAAGCUUAAUGCCACUAAUCUCUAAACUUAAUUACUUGGUUUGGAAUUCAAUUUCACCACUUACUGUGAGUCUGUGACAAUAUGGCUGAAGCUGUAGUUACUGUUAUGCUUGGGAAUCUCAACUCCUUGAUCCAAAAAAGGUUUGGAUUGGUUUGGGGUCUCAACAAAGAGAUGGAGAAGUUAUCUAGCAUCCUCUCAACCAUCUGUGCUGUGCUUGAAGACGCAGAGGAGAGGCAGUUGAGAGAGAGGGCAAUCAAGAAUUGGCUGCAGAAACUUAAAGAUGUUGCAGGUGAGUUGGAUGAUAUUUUGGAUGAGUGUUUAAUGGAGGCAUCGCUACUGGAGUACAAAAGGCAGAGCUCUAGGUCAACCCAAAAGGUAAGAGCUUCUUUCUUCUCCUGUUUCAACCCAAAAAAUACUCCGUUUCGUUUCAGAAUUGCAAAACGGAUGCAAGAUGUUUCAGAUAGGUUGGAUGCAAUUGCUAAUGAGCGAAUGAAAUUUCACUUGCGUGAGGUUGUCCAGGGAAGACAUCUCCAAGUAAUAGACAAACGCCAAACUGGCUCCAUUGUUGAUGAGAAACAUGUGUAUGGAAGAGAAGAAGAUAAAGAUAAGAUUGUGGAGUUUUUGGUAGAUAAUUCAAGAAGUUCCAAAGAUCUGUCUGUCUAUCCUAUUGUGGGCAUGGGGGGCAUGGGAAAGACUACCCUUGCUCAGCUGGUGUACAAUGAUGAAAGGGUUCGUAGGCAUUUUGAGAUUAAAAUAUGGGUAUGUGUUUCUGAGGACUUUGAUGUCAAAAGAUUGAUAAAGGCUAUGAUAGAAUCUGCUUCUGGAAAUGCCUGUGAUGCUUUGGACAUGGAUCCUCUGCAGAAACGCCUCCAGAAGAUGUUGGAAAGAAAGAAGUUUUUAAUUGUUUUGGAUGAUGUGUGGAAUGAAGACCAAGAGCAAUGGGAAGGCUUAAGAAAUGUAGUUGCUUGUGGAUUAAAUGGCUCUUCGAUUGUAGUCACCACUCGUCUUAAAAAGGUUGCAUUGAUUAUGGGAACAAUUCCAAUGCAUCAGCUGUCUGUUUUAUCCGAAGAUGAUUGCUGGUCAUUGUUCAACCAACGCGCAUUUGGUAAUGAAAGUGAAGAGCGACCAAAUCUUGCAAAAAUUGGGAAGGAGAGUGUGAAGAAGUGCAAGGGAAUCCACUGGCUGCAAAGACUUUAGGAA